GUCCUGUUGUGAAUCAUUAUAGUCCUUAAAUACAUGUCAUCUUCCUCACAGAAUUUCUGCAUAUAAAUAGUAAUUUGGUGGAGUUUUUCUAUGUUGACAGUAAUAAAAGCUUGCCACAUUCUUUCACAUUGUUUCCGUUGAUUAAGUUAUUCAUAUGCUGAAUGCAAUGGUGGCUUGAUGAGCUGAAGGGUAAAGCCUCUUACCAAGUCAUACACGGACUCUUUAAACGAGCUUGGAAUCUCAAGCUUGAACAUUUGCCUACAGAUUAUAGUGGCUCAUCCCUUACUCUCAUUGGUUCUCAAAGAAUUUGUCAUUUGAUAUUGAUGUCAGUUUGUCCAAUAUCCCCUUAAGAGGUGCAGGACAAGGAGCAGCAGCCUGGAGCUUAAGGCGAUAAGAGACAUUUGCAGGAGUCAUCUACUCCAUUUGCCUGGCUCUAUUUGUUUCAACAUUGUUGUAUUCUUUAGUUGUUCCAGUUGCUUUUUUUUACGUGUAGCUCCUUUACAUGAUUUCGUUUCAUGUUAAUGUUUAUUUACUUUGUCAUUGGAUUCCAUAAAUGAACUCCAUGUAAU